AUGCGCUUGGGUGAAGAGCCGGGGAUACUCUCCUCUGGUGCUUCAACCACCUCCUACGGUGGCAUUGUAAAUGAGAUGUUCGACCCGAAUGGAGUUAUUUCUACUCAGCCUACCACCAGCAACGGGACCCCAAUGCCAAGUGCAGAGAAAGCGAAGGGCUUUGAUGACAAACCGCUUAUUUUUGCGUCUCCUUAUGUGAUGUCAACAUCACCAGAAAAUUCAACAGAGGAUGACGUCAAUCGCGCCAACCACAUCCCAAAUGGUGGAUCGUCGUCACCAAGCAUAGAGUUUUCACAAUCCCGACCCAAUGGACUCUCCACAAUUUCUGGUGUUUUUGCUCCGGUGGCGUUGUCGAUGUUCAGCAUUUUACUUUUUAUGAGAAUGGGAUUUGUGGUAGGACAGUUGGGGUUCCUUAUGACGGUAGUGCAGUUGGCAAUGGCUUAUGCAAUUGUCAUGCUAACGGUCCUUUCUCUUUGCGCCAUCUCAUCUAACGGAGCGGUUGAAGGAGGAGGUGUUUAUUAUAUGAUAAGUAGAUCCCUUGGACCCGAGUUUGGUGGUGCCAUUGGAGUGUUAUUCUUUGUGGCAAAUGUGUUCUCGUGUGCAUUGUACAUUUCUGGAUUCACUGAAGCGUUGCUGAAUAAUCUGGGGAAUGGACAAUUUCCCGACUCACCCACUUGGAGGUUCUUUUACUGUGUACUUGUCUCAAUUGCGCUUUUAAUACUUAGCUUACUUGGAGCUGGUAUUUUUGCAAAAACUGCACUGCUCACUUUUAUCUUAAUCUCGAUAUGUUACUCAACGUGGAUAUUCUCUGUGAUAGUUGACGGCCCUAUGCAAGUUCCAAUUCCGAAGGUGAAUACUCCAGCAUAUCGGGUGCACGAAAAUGCCUCCAACCCUGACAGCCCAAUGAUAGUGCAGUUGAACCAGACUCUGACUGCGAACUACACUGGAUUCAGUUUUCGAACACUGGGUGAGAACAUGUUUACAAACUACACCAUGGAUUACACGACAGAGAGGCAAACUGAUUUUGCACUGAUGUUUGCCAUUAUCUUCUCAGGAGUAACUGGUCUGAUGGCUGGCGCAAAUAUGUCCGGUGAGUUGGCUCGCCCUUCAGUUUCAAUUCCUCGUGGAACCGUGCAAGCUGUUCUUAUCACUCUUUUCGUCUAUAUUAUGACAGCCUUUCUUAUGGCAGCCACAUCGAGUAGAUAUCUUUUGCAGAAUGAUUACACCGUUAUGAUGGAUACAAAUUUCCAACGUUGGUUCAUUCUAAUUGGGAUCUUCUCCACAACUUUGUUCUCAUCGAUGAGUAAUUUAAUUGGGUCUUCACGUGUACUGAAUCGCUUAUCUCACGACAAACUAUUUGGAUACCUACUUAGACCUGCUAAAAUUGAAAUUGGUGACAGAAAUCCAGUGGUUUCUGUAAUCAUUACAUGGCUUUGUGUGGUGGGUGUAUUCUUGAUCGGAGCAAUGAACAAGAUAGCAAAACUGACAUCAAUUUUCUUCCUACUCUCGUACAUGGGAGUGAACAUCGCCUGUUUGGCUCUCGAGCUUACCAGUGCACCCAAUUUCAGACCAACAUUCAAAUAUUUUGCAUGGUGGACAUGUGCUCUUGGUGUUGUAUGCACAACAACGAUGAUGCUGGUUGUAGACGCAUCAAUGAGUGCUAUUGGAGUUGUGGUCCUUAUGUCGCUUAUCAUGGUUCUCCAUUACCAGGCGCCUGCGGUAUCAUCAGGUUCGAUUUCUCAAGCGCUAAUAUACCACCAAGUAAGGAAAUAUUUGUUGCUGUUGGAUGUAAGGAAAGAACAUGUGAAAUAUUGGCGUCCACAGAUACUUUUGCUUGUUUCGAGGCCGUCGUCAUCAUGUCCUCUAAUGGACUUUGUAAAUGAUCUCAAAAAAUCCGGAUUGUAUGUUAUUGGACAUGUUCGAAAGGGUGAUUUGGAUUCCAAUCAAGCGGUAGAUCCACUUCAACAGGUUUUCCCCUACUGGUUGUCUCUGGUGGACUAUCUCAAGCUCAAAGCAUUUGUCGAGUUAACUCUAUCAAGUAGCAUUAGGCAGGGUAUUCAACAGCUUAUGCGACUAUCUGGUCUUGGUGCAAUGAAGCCAAACACUGUAGUGUUAGGUUUCCACGAAGCCACACCAAUAGACGUUACUUUACAGGAAUCGCAGCUGCUCAAGGAUCUACGCUACUCGAAGAUCGAUCGUGCAGCUGUUGUUGAGUAUUUCACAGCUGGUGAUUACAUGCCUAAAGAACUUAACGGCAACUUGGAACGAUUAACUCCGAUCGAUUACGUGAAUGUCCUGAAGGAUGUGCUACAUAUGACAAAGAGUUUGUGCAUUGCGCGGCAUUUCCACAAAAUGGACAAGGAGGCACUCUCACGAAGCUGGAAUCAAAAGCGAUACAUUGAUGUUUGGCCGGUUGAUUUGCAAAAGCCCGUAGAAACUGGAUUAGGCUGGGAUAAUAGCUCAUUGUUCCUUCUACAGUUGGCAUGCAUCCUCUCAAUGUCAUCCAGAUGGAGGUCCUAUUCUCGUCUAAGAGUGUUUAUUUGUGUAAAUAGUUUGCAGGAUAUGCAUAGACGGGAUAGACAGUUGAAACAGAUGCUCGACUGGUUACGUAUUAAAGCUGAGUCAAUUGUCGUACCAUGGGAUCACGUAGUUUGUCAUUUUCCUCAAAAUGGCGCAUCUGCGAAUUCACAACGACCAACUGUUGAUCUGCCGGUCCCGUAUCUGACAGCUUUCAAUGAUAUGAUCAAGCGCUACAGCGAGGAAGCAGCAAUCACCCUACUCAAUCUUCCAUUACCACCCGAUGAUGCAAAUUUGAAUGCUGACAGGUAUUUGGAUCAAAUCCGGCGUCUGACAGAUUCUCUUCCACCUACGCUGAUGGUACACGGUGUUUCUUCAGUCAUUUCCACUGCACUCUAA